CCCACGGCCAACCCCGUUUACUGCUACCUAUACUUCGGGUUGGCCGUGCCUGGUGCCUGGGCCCAUUGAUCGACCGAUGUCUAUUCGUGCCGCAGCCGCUAUAGGGCCCUAUCCUCGUCCACCCUCCUGGCGGAGGGGAGCUAAAAAUGGCUCCUCUGUUCACCGUUCUGCUUCCCUAAGUUUCUAUAAAUAUCGACCACUAUGGCCCCGAACGAUAGUCCUCCCUCGCUCCCUAAGUGACACUAGCUUACGCCUACCCGAGAUCUUCUCGAAUAACGCUUCCGACUCUGAUUCCUCUACUGUACCUAGCGUCUUUAACUUAAGUAGCGAAUCCGAAUCCGAGUCUAAAGAUAAGUUCUAUAAUAGUACAAAGCGCGGUCCGAGGAGACGGUACGCUUCUUUAAGGCUCUCUUCUCCUAGCGGUAUAACUAGCGACGUAGAAAGGAUAGACGUCGUCCUCGCGAUAGUUGCUAGAGAUAAGAAACUUUCCCUUAAAGAUCGACCGAAAGCGACUAUAUAUAUCGAGGAUAUAGCCGAGUUUGCCCGAGAUCUUAAGUUAAUACUAGUUCGGGAUCUAAAUAGAGGACGUCCUCGACUUUUUAUCUACUUAAGACCUAAAUUCACAAAAUUAUUUCUUAGUAAAAAAGAGUCAAAUAUAUUCCCGAUUCCGGAGAUUAUCUUUAAUCCUAUAUUGGUUCUUAGUCCUUAUAUUUUCCUACUAGGUAUACUAUUUAGAAUUGGCGUAUUUAAAAGUCUAUUAAAAGACGGCCUUAUAAUAGACUGUCCUAAGAAUUUGUACCGUCUUCGGAUCCUAGAUAGACUUAAGGCGGAUAGCCUUCGAAUCGUACUCGAAAAGGGACUUACUAGAAUAAAACGAGGUAGUAAGAUUACCGGCUUCGCGGAAGUCGCGAAGCUAUAUUAUCUCCGAUACGGCGUAGUAAAAGCGUUUAACGAUAGUCACCCUAUCGGCUUAAGGAUUCGAGCUAUAUUAAAGAUAUUCCCCGCGCAAGAAAGCGAAUUCGAGACGCUAAGAAGCUUAUCUAUAAAGAAGCGCACGCUAGAUUAUAGUAGGAGUUCGGCGAUAUCCUACCGUAGAGUAGCCCUUAUUCCCGAACAAUCUAUAAGCGGUAGAAGGCUAAAGAGAAAGUAUAUAAUACUUAUCGAUAGUAUUCUAACUCUACCGGGUAUAACAGUCGAGAAAGAAUAUAAGCGUCGAAUUACUAUAAUCAAUAUAGUAAUUGCGGUCUAUAAUACGGAAGAGGGUACUCCCUCGCGGCCUCGGGCCCCGCAGAAGUCUACCCCCUUAGAUAAGAAUAGUAAUACUUUCUCUAAAGCGAUCGCUUCUAUUUGCGUCAAAUAUCUAGGAGAGAGACUAACGAUCUACUUUAUUUGUCUUAGUAAUACUAGACUACUAGAACGCGAACGCCUAAAAAUGUAUAAGAACCCCGGGUCCCUUAGCCGACACUUCGUUAACAAACAUAUUAAGCCGUUCCCAAAUAAUAUACACUAUAAGUAUAACAUUUACGGAGAAAAGCUAAUAUCAAAAUCGAGACUCCUAAACUAUACGUAA